CGGGCAUUGAACGCGGGGGCUGGUGGCCAGCUCAGCGGUGCCUCCUCUUCACCCGAGCUUGGCGAGGGAGGCGAGUUCAUCUCAGCACGGGCUACGACCGAGCCGCGGCCUCCCGGGGGAAGGAAGAGCGCGCCGGGACCCUCCCGACCAGCGGUCAUGAAAGUCAUUCUUCUGUUAGGCACCAGGCAAGAGGAGCUGUGGAAGCGAAGAUGUCUAAAGUUCCAUUAAGACGUCCCAGCCGAAAAAGGGGAAGACGACAAAAGAGGAAUCUAGAGGAAGAACAGGGUGUACAAGCAGUCCAGAAGAAAACGAUGCAGCAGGGAGCACAGACUCCUGAAGAUGUAACUUCUUGGUCCGCGAAAGUAGUGAGGGUGACUCCAAGACAAAGAGCAAAAUGGUGCCCACUCCCAAAGAGCACUAGAGAGUGCUUGGAAUCCAUGAUGCAUUGGUUAAUAACAUCUCUUUUGUAUGAAACUACAGACAAUUGGAGUGAAACUGAAAAGGAUUUAAACCUUCUCAAGAAAAGGCUUCUAAAACAUUUUGAGACCCUGAGAGUUCCUGUGGAGAAGAUGAGCAGCUUAAAGAGUGUGCAUGAAAUUGUAGCAGAGGAAAAGAAAAAGAGUCUGGUCAUGAAAGAGGGUUUAGCAGAACUGCAGAAUGAAAUAGACAAAGUUAUGUCAGCGGUAGAAUUCAAAGAUCAGAAUAUUCAAUGUCUCCAGAACAAAGUGCAGGAAUUAAAAUGUGAGCUAUCAGCAGCAAGCAAGGUAUUCCAAAGAGUUCACAGUGAUGAUCUUGCUCUUCCUGAUCUGUCAGAGGACCAGCUAAAAGCGCCCAUUCUUCAGAAUGAGCUUUUGAAGAUUGGAAACCAACAAGGUCUUCUUAACAACUUGAACACCAUUCAGCAGUCAGAUGAAAUGAAGACUAUGUUGGCUUUUCUAGAACAGGCGUAUGAAAACGUGGCCUUCUGAAUAAAGUGAGGCAAUCGCUUACUGAAGAACAGAAAUAUAAGCUGCAGGCUUUUAUCUUCCAUGAAUCUGUGUAAAGAAAUAAUGUUUUUUCCAAACAUGAUUAUGAUGCUCCUCUUAUAAUUAAUUACCUGUCACUCCAGGUUAUAUUCAUGCAUUUUCCAGUGUGUUCUGUGGGAAAUGCAUGAAUAUAACACAGUCUUGUCAAGUCAAUUGAGACAUGUUAAAAUUCACCAUCCUGUAUAUGAAGAUACAUAUUUUGCUCAUCAUUUUUAACAUUUCUGCUUGCAUUGUACAAUGUUUCCCUUCAGUGCAGCAAUUUUGAUAGCUGGGUGCAAUAUUCUACAGUUCUAUUGGUACAAAGGUGUCUAGAGACCAGCUUGCCGUGAAAGAGCUGUAUAUUGUAGCUUGACACUUUCUUGGUUUUCAUAAACUUAAUUUUUCUAGAGGCCCUAAUAAAACAGCUUAAAUAUCAUACUGUGCUAAGAAUUCUGCCUCGCUUGUUGAAGCUGCAAUGUGUAUCACUUAAGCUGGCAUGUUCGUAUUUAGGUAGUUUUAAGGCCCAACCCUAUUGCUCAAGCAUGUAGCUGGUGCUAAGAUUUCAUACUAGUUUCGUAGCGCUGAUCAGAUGACCUUGCAUCAACACUGGGGCAAAACCCUGGCCAUAGUGCCAGUGCUCUGCUGCAUAGUUAUGCUGUACAAGGAUGCUUGCUACAGUAGUCUCUUCUGGUUCUCUUUUAUUGCAUCCUAUCGUCCUUACUCAGAUGUGUCAGUGCAGGGGUGUGGAAGUUUUCACAUGCUAGUAGGCAUAUGGCCUUGCAACGUAGUUUUAAAAACACACACAAAACCUCCCAUUUGCCUUUUUUAUUUUUAAAGUCUAAGUGUAGUGUGUGGGGAGUGAUUUUUUAAGGAGAGGUCACAGUGUUGGGGAAGGGAUGGUUAGUCAGCAGCUCUCCUCUGAAAAUGUUCCUUUGCCAUGCUGCAAUUAGGCCUGGGGAAAAGCCUCCGCUGGUGCCAUGGUGUGCAGGAACACUGCCUUAUGUCUGAUUGUGAGUGGAGAGAAGGUAGGGAAGUAGGUGGGGGCAAAUGGGGACCUCCUGCAGGCUGUGUUAGGCCCACAGGGUAGAGCUUCUUCAUCCCUAUGUUAGUGUAACUGUGUAGGUGUAGUUAUUAAUAGGGUUGGCUUAGAAUCAUAGAAUAGUAGAGUUGGAAGGGGCCUAUAAGGCCAUCGACACCAACCCCCUGCUCAAUGCUUCAGCCACUCAAGUCAAAGGUUGUACUGAUGCAAAAGGAUUUGGUUUGUUAAUCUCAUUGAUAGGUUGAUAUAAGUGCAAACAAGUUAUCCUUGGUGAUUUAUCGCUCUUGCAAACCAUCCACGUAAAGUUCGGGGUGGGUGAGCAGCAGCCAAAGGAAGGGGGAAGGGGCUCGAGCCCUCCCCCCUCCAUCCAUGGCUCAGAUUUCUUACCAGCCAGUGAGCAUACAGGGCCAGGGAUUGAGGUAGCUUCCCUGGGAGCUGGGGGUGCAGUGGCCCUAUUGCUUCCUAGUUGGGUGGGGGAGGCCAGGGUCCCUCCUCUGAGUGCUUCUUUCAGCUACAAAACCGCUUGCAUUGUGUCUUGGUGCUGUGGUAUCUUUUUCCAUGAGGUUGAACUGCAGCCAUCAUCCUCAAUCAUUGGCAUUUUCCACUGGGAAUAAUGGGAAUUGUAAUCUAAUCUCCAUGAUCUCAUGGUUAUGGAGAUGUUUUAAGUAUGUCUGCUUUUGAAGACAAAGGAGAGAAAAGGAAGGCUGGCUUCUCCCAUCCAACAGAAUAAUUAACACAGGAUUAACACAGAAUAAGAGAGGCAUGUAUGAGUUUAUUGGGGGGGGAGAAUUGUUUAAGGGGGGAUUUUUAAAAAAUAAUAAUCCUAAAAAUCAGGGGUGAACCAAUCUGUUUUGAACUUUGGAUGCUUAAAGCCCUCCUUAAGCUCUACCAGGGUGCCAAGUUUCCUCUCUUUAUCUUUAAACUUGACAUUUUUAAAAAAAUAAUAAUUUUAAAACCAUGAAUUUUAAAAAUUUCCUAAAAAUCAAGGGAUGAAGGCAUAUGCUUUAAACUUGGCAUAGCUAAAGCCCUACUUAAGAGCAACCAAGGUGCCAAGUUUAAUCUCUUUAUGUUUAAAAACGAUGGAGAUGUAUGCAUUAUUGUUAAUUCCCAUUGACAAUAGCGUAGUUCUCCAAAAAUGGAGCAGUUUUCUGACGAGUAAUCCGGUGCUAUGGAAAGAUGGACCCCCUCCAAAAAUUGGAGUGGAGAACUCGUUCAACAGAGCUCUGCCCCAAAUUUCAGGGUGGAGAAGACCUACUCUGCACACUCCUACCUGUUAAUGUGUUAUUCACAACUAAUGGAAGGGUUUUUUGUUUGAAUCAAAUGAAAGGGCUGUGAGUUGCUUAGAUUUUUUCACCUGCAUUUUAAGAGGAGGGAGAGAGAGAUGUUUUAUCAGGUUGUAAUUGCGUUUCCUUUCAAGUAAUAUUUGAUCUGAUGGCUGUUGGAAUUCUUACCUAAGUAGGAGAAACCUGAUGUUAAAGGAUUAUAUUUUUAAUUGUAGGAAUUUGGUGUUAUUCUUUACUUUUCAAUGCAGAAAAUCACACCUGGCUCUCUUUCUGUUUAAUAACCACAAGAUUAAGGUACUCUGUACUCUUACGUCAAGUGCCAUUCAAUUUUGUCAAUUAUCAAGGGCAUUCGGUUUUGGAAAACAAAAUGAAAUGGACUUAUACAUCUCUGGCAUGAACAAAUCCAUAUCUGUGUCUACACAUCUUUCAAAAGAGACCUAAAUAAAAGAAAUAGCUUUUCCCUGCAACUUUGGAGAUAUUGCUAGAAUACUUGGGCUGCCAGUGAGCUUCCUUCUCAGUUUGUUUACAUGUUACUGGCCAGUUUCUCUCUCUCCCCAUCUCUCUUUAAUGAGGCAAAUGCACUCUGGUCUAUUAUCAGCAGAGAACUAUAAACAUAUGUGUGGUUGUUAUGGAUGGGACCUUGGAAGCCGGGCGAAGGAGACAUUUUAGCUAGAAUAUUUUUUUCCUAGCUAAGUCCUGAUCUGUGUUUCAACAUUUAUGUUCAUCUGUAUAAAUUAUUAUUUUUUCAGCCUUUCUGGAUGAGCAAUUUUUAUCAUAUUGUAAAAUAGCCAUAUUUUUCUAUAUUUAAUAAAUAAAACCUAAUUUGCUUUCUCA